AUGGAGAAACUUCACAACCUCUCCCCUUUUGGAUUUGUGUUGCUGUGUUUUCUUUCAGCUUUCUUAGCCAUGCUUCCGACCAAUAUUACCACUGAUCAGUCAUCUCUUCUUGCCUUGAGAUCUCACAUCUCAUUUGACCCUCACCAAAUCUUGGCAAACAACUGGUCUGUCAGAUCUUCUGUGUGUGAAUGGAUUGGAGUGACCUGCGGCUUUCGGCAUCUCAGAGUGACCGGCUUAAAUAUUUCAAACAUGAAUCUUUCCGGCACGUUACCUCCACAAUUGGGAAAUCUAUCAUUUCUUGUUUCUCUUGACAUCAGAAACAACAAUUUCCACGGAGAGAUGCCGCAUGAAAUUGCUCAUUUGCGCCGAUUAAAACUACUUAAUUUGGGCGUCAACAAUCUUGAAGGAGAGUUCCCCCAGUGGAUUGGUUCAUUUCAUCAACUUCGUCUCUUGAAUCUUAGAAACAAUAGUUUCACUGGUCUUAUCCCACCUUCCAUCUCUAACUUGUCAAAGCUAGAGACUAUAUAUCUUUCGUUCAACCCUCUGCAAGGAAACAUUCCCACGGGGAUUUUCAAUAUUUCCUCGCUGCAAAUCAUUCACCUUAUGGAUAAUGGCCUAUCCGGAGUUCUUCCAAGUGACAUGUGUUACCGUCUUCCUGGACUGAGUAUCCUUGACCUAUCAAUGAACAAGUUAAAUGGUCAAUUACCAUCAAGUGCUUUAGCCCAGUGUUCAGAACUUCAGGUGCUGUCUUUGUCUCUCAAUGAAUUUGGAGGUGCCGUACCAAAAGAAAUUGGAGAACUGAAGAAGCUUGAGGAGCUAUACUUGGGUAUCAACUAUUUAGAAGAUCUAGAUCCAUGA